CCGGCCAGCUGACGCAGAAGAAGGUAUAAAAGCUGCUCUGAAGUUUUCUCCUGCUGCAGUGUGUUUGUGUGUUUCUGUGUGUGUGUGUGUGUGUAAGUGGAUGUAUUUAUACGAAACCGUCUAAACUAAACUAUUUUUGCACUAAAUAAUAUUUAAGGCAGCUUUUUUUGUAAAAGCCCAGGAAAACGGCCCAGUCCUGAAGAAAUCAACACUGUCACCAUGGUUGCCACAAGCACAUUGAAGACCAAAAGCAACGAGUGUAUUUCCGAGCUGGUUGAAAGAAGAUACGACCAGGUCUGCAUUGAGAAAGAGUUGGAUUUCUGGGAUCACUGCUUGACUGAGCCCCAGACGAAUGCAGAUGUCACAGAGGACAGAUCCUGUCAACAGCUGGCCAAGAUGUUCGAAAACUGCCUGUCACGGUCCAAGAAGACCACGCUGCACUGCUCCUCUGUGCUGGUACCAGAGAAGUUAACGAGGAGAAUAGCUCGGGAAGUCCUGCGGCUGGCGUCCUGCGAGCCCUGCGGCCUGCGUGGCUGCGUCCUAUUCAUCCACCUGGAGCUCAACAAGGGCUGCAAGCAGCUCGAGCGCAUCGUGUACGACGCCACCGUCGUGCCCACGUUUGAGUUGACUCUGGUGUUUAAGCAGGAUGGCACCGCCUGGCCCAGCCUGCGGGACUUCUUCUUUAUGGGAACCUGCUUCGCCCCAACUUUCAAGCCUGUGCUUAAACUGAGUCCAGGUUUCCGGCUGGUGAAGAAAAAACUGUACUCCUCCUCGGCUGGUACCGUGGUGGAGGAGUGCUGAACUGGGGAAGGGAUUAGAGUGGGAUAUCGGGUUCCCUGUGGGUAAACACACUUCUGCCCAAAUGUAAAUGGCACUCCAGUGGUGUCAUGUUUUCUACAGUGUUUUUGUACAAUAUAAUUUGUCACUUCAACUAAUAGCCAGUCAACUUGGGAUGUAGUUUAAAGCUUAUGCAUACAUGAGCCUCAUGAUUCUGGGUUUGGCUUCUUUGUUUCUAAAAGUCGAUUGUUUUUUUAAAUCAGCAAAAUUGUAAUAUUCCAGAUGUUUGGGUUUUUUCUCUAAAAAGACCAUUUGUUGCUCAAACACCAUUUUAAAUUUGCAAAUGAAUGUAAAACUGUGUUCACAUCAGCGGGUUUGAGAGGGGCAUACUGUGGGUACACUUUGUUAAAGACACUAGCCACUUUGUUGAUGCGUCUGUGUGUUUCCAGAUUCAUUGAAUGUUCUGCAGCAGUCAACACACCCAGGCUUCAAUAGGGGACUAAAGUUUAGUUUCCGGGGGCCACAUGUAGCUCGCUGUGUGAUGCUGUAUUUAGGGCUGUGGAUGUUUUUUAAGACUGCGUGUCUUGUGAAGAUGCUGCUGUCAUGGUGUGAGUCUCUCACGCUGUGGGGGAAUGUUGAUGCCUUAAAAUGUCAUUGACAUGUACAUUUUUCACUCCGAUCACAGCUUUUUGUCUGUUUAUUGUAAAUGUUUUAUUGUAUUUUUACUUUUAUACCCCUCCCCUAGAUGCACCUUUUCAAUGCAGAGUCUUUAUAUAUUAUUAAAAGGAUGGUUCAGUCAAAUGUAGACAUCUUGCUUUUAUAAUGUCACAACUUCAACUUGCAAAGAAACAACUAAAGGCCCAGCUAGAAUUUAGACUUGUUUUGUUUUUGGUGACUUUACGACUGUUUCUUGAACCUAUAAAUGUUGAAGGCAACCAGAACUUGUUGUCUGUUAGACAAUAAAAGACUUAAACAUUA